AACACGAAGUCGGAGAACAAUGCUCCGUUCAACUGCAUUUCCGACACCUUACAAUUCGGUGCCUCUUCUCUCUCACGCGCACACGUGUUACUCUCUGGCUCCCUCACGUGCCGCUAGUUUUCACUUCUCCUUCGUUUCGAAGUUCGUGUGCCUACAAUUCCGGCAACCCUGCUCGAAGCUUUCCGGCCGCGCUUUUGUUGCGGUCUCCGCGAAGAAGAAAAGGCCUGGAGGCUCUGAAAUCGCCGUGGCAGACGAUGGUUUAGACGAGGAGGAGUACGACAAUGAUUUAAGUGACGAAUUCGAUGACGAAGAAGAAGAAUUUGAUUAUGAUGACGAUGAUGAGGGGAUGCUUCCGUUGGAGAAGAUGAAUAAAUGGUUCGAGAAGAGACCGAAGGGCUUUGGUGAGGGGAAAGUGUACGACACUUCGGUUGAGGAUAAGCUGCUCGAGGAAAUUCGUCAGAGUAGAGUAGCUCAGGUUGAGAACUUGAAGAUGCUUAAGAGCAACCCUGUGAAGCAUGCUUCCAAUGAAAAAGAUGAUAAGAAGAAAGAUACCAAACUGGUUCCAAUUGGAAGUCGAGUGCGAUUGGUGAACCUACCGAAGAAGAAAAACAUCCUUAGAGAUCUGAAAGCAGCUUUGCAAGGGAUUCCGGGCAUAACUAAUAUUGCCCCAGCUGUUAUUGGAAACAAAAAGACAAGGGAUCCAAUCUGCAAAGGUUUUGCUUUUGUUGAUUUCAAGCGUGAAGAAGAUGCAGUUAGGUUUGUGGAGUUAUACACAGGACAAACUAUAACAUUUGGGAAAAUUCAGAAGCAGAUAAAAUGCGAGCUUCUAAAUGGACAGUCUUUAUCUCCAUCUCUGAAAAUAAGUGAAAAUCUGAGUGCCGCUCCACAGCACAUGGACACUACUACCUUUGAAGAAGAUUCAGACGAGGAUUCCAACAGCGAUGAUGAUUCUGCUCUCAGUACAUGGGAUGAGACCAAUUCAGAUGAUUUGGAUGGCCUGGACAAUCUGAUGGAUGGAGAAGAACAAGAAGACGAUGGGGGUAUUCAAGAAUCCGUCACUGCUUUGAGAGUGGAUGGUGAUGAUGGUACGGAAUUGAGGAUCCAUCCUGAAACUAAUUCACCUCCCUCAGACAAGCUUGACAGAAACUCCACAGUGGAAAAGAAGUCAUUUUCCAAGGUUAAACAAGAAAAUGCCCGGACGAAAAAAUCAACUUCCAAAGAGAAAGCCAAAACAUUUUUAGAUAUUCCUGGAUCCUCAAGAAGGUUAAAGAUAAGGGAGAAGGCUGUAUUAAGUGAUGUUUUCUCCAAGUACGGAUCAAAAGCUACACUUGCUUCAAAAGAUAGUUAGGAAUUUGGUAAUGAGCAGUGAAUGACAGAGUCUAAAUCUUCAUCCACACGUUCGGUCUAAACACUAAAGUCAUAUACAUGCAAUUGGAUUUUCUAGUUGACCAUGUUAGUGCAAAUCAAAUUGUAGCAUAUGAGUAUUGUACAAAAAUUGGCGAUCCUAUAUUAUUGUUUUUAUGAAUAUCAAAGCAUUCUUUGGUGGCAUUUCAAUGC